AUGGCGAAGAUCCGCGUCUCGUACGAGUACUCCGAGGCCGAGGACAAGAGCAUCCGUCUGGGUCUGUUCCUCAUCGCCUGCGGCAUCCUGAGCCUCUUCAUCCUCGGCUUCUGCUGGCUCAGCCCGACGCUGCAGAGUCUGCAGAGCAAGCCGGCCAACUGCACGGUGGUGUCGGUGUUGCGUCCGGAGGAGAUGUUCGAGUGCGUGUUCACGUGCGGCGCCGACUGUAAAGGGACGUCUCUGUAUCCGUGUCUGCAGAUCUUCGUCAACAACUCGGAGUCAAACUCGGUGGCUCUGCUGCACUUUGAUGAGCAACAGCUGGUCCUCAACCCAAAGUGUUCCUACGUCCCCCCCUGUGAGCGGGACAACCAGAAGAACAAGGACAGCGUCCUGUGGUGGGAGGAUUACUUCACCAAAGAGGUCAGCAGCCAGUCCUUCACCUGCUUCUUCAACCAGCAGAGGAGGCCGGACGACGUGUUGUGGCGGCGUUCCCACGACACCAGCGUCCUGCUGCACUGCGUCCUCUGGCCGAUGGUGUCGCUCCUCCUGGGAACGCUCAUCGUUCUCCUCACCGUGUGCGCCCGCUCCCUGGCCGUCCGCGCCGAGGCCCUCCAGAAGAGGAAGUGCUCCUACGAGGUGUGCCACGACCUGUCGGCGGGGGAUCGCCGCGGCAACAAGGCCGACGAGCACCUGAGGACGAACUCUGACCCCGAGCUGUCGUCGCCGACGAGGACCCUGCCGCUGUUCGCGGUGCCGGUGCGACGCCGCGACCGAGAACACUAG